UGAAAACCUAAUUUUUAUCCUUCAACUUUUUUUAGAAAAAUGAAAAUGACUCUUUCAUCUCAGUUUUUCAUAAUCUGAAUUCUGAAAUUAAACAAACAAACCCAGAUUUCAGUCCAGAAUUUCUGGGUAAAUCAGCUUCUCUUCAGUCUUCAAGCUCUUGGGUUUAAGGAUGGAACCAGCAACAGCAAGUAGUGGUGGUGGGGUUACAGUGGCGGGAUCUGAUGUUCCAUCGGACUUCCAUGUGGCUCCAAGGUCCGAAAACCCGAACCCGUCCCCUGGAUCCGCUCAGCCACGGUCGGCGGCGCCUCCACUGCCGACACCUAAUGCGGCAGCGCCAGCGAUGCCUGUGAAGAAGAAGAGAGGCAGACCCAGGAAAUAUGGACCAGACGGCUCCGCCACGUUGCCCCUAUCUCCGAAGCCGAUAUCUUCUGCAGCACCGCCUCCCGUUAUUGAUUUCUCCACAGAGAAGCGUCAGAAGGUGAAGCCAGCGAAUUCCGUUAGCAAGACAAAAUUUGAAAUGGAGAAUCUAGGAGAAUGGGUUGCUUGCCCUGUUGGUGCAAAUUUCACACCCCACAUCAUCACAGUUAAUUCUGGUGAGGAUGUUACUAUGAAGAUCAUAUCAUUUUCUCAGCAAGGGCCUCGGGCUAUAUGCGUUCUCUGUGCAAAUGGUGUGAUUUCCAGCGUUACGCUUCGUCAGCCUGAUUCUUCUGGUGGUACAUUGACGUAUGAGGGUCGUUUUGAGAUCCUCUCUCUGUCUGGGUCAUUUAUGCCCAACGAAAGCGGUGGAACAAGGAGCAGAACUGGUGGCAUGAGUGUUUCAUUGGCAAGUCCAGAUGGACGCGUUGUCGGUGGUGGAGUUGCUGGUUUACUUGUCGCUGCUAGUCCUGUGCAGGUUGUCAUUGGCAGUUUUCUGGCAGGGAACCAGCAUGAGCAGAAGCAAAAGAAACCGAAACAAGACUUCAUAUCAACUGCCGCACCCACUGCUGCUGUCCCUAUCUCCAGUGCUGAUCCAAGAUCGAACCUCUCACCUUCUCCAUUCCAGGGAGACAAUUGGUCUUCUUUGCCAUCAGAUUCAAGGAAUAAACCGACUGACAUUAAUGCAUCGGGAGUUUUAACAUAAAGGGUGUAAUCUUACUGUGAAUUAGGAGGCUUUACAAUGACGAAAUCGGCGACCAAACUCCCUUGUUGUUCUGUGUGUGUGAUUUAUCCAGAGACUACAUUUUUCUGUAGGAUUUUAGUUGGUUAGGAUAUUAGGAAUCCCUUUGCCAUUGUUGUGGUGUCAUGUAGAAUUUUUCAUGUAAUAUCUAAAUCCAGGGUUUCCUUUCUCAUGAAUGAUGAAUUCUUAUAUGAAAAUGGGUUUUUGCUUAU